GACGUAACCAGCUCACGUGUCUUCCUGUUCGGUCGUAGCUAGAGGACGUUGGUGUCACAACGGAGAGGGGCUCCUUGUAUUUAUUUUCUUGUUACCUAAAAAAGAAAACAAAACUAACACAAAAUGUUUUCCCGUGCUGUCAGACCUACCGUCAGCCUUGCCAGGAGUUUGUCCACCUCGUCGCAAAACAACGCUAAGGUGGCAGUGCUAGGAGCGUCGGGCGGUAUAGGCCAGCCGCUGUCUCUGCUGCUCAAGAACAGCCCUCUGGUGAGCCACCUCUCCUUAUAUGAUAUCGCACACACCCCUGGGGUGGCUGCAGACCUUAGCCACAUCGAGACAAGGGCCCAAGUCACCGGCCACAUGGGUCCCGAUCAACUAGGUGCUGCCCUCCAGGGCUGUGAUGUCGUCGUCAUUCCCGCCGGUGUGCCCAGAAAGCCCGGGAUGACCCGUGACGACCUCUUUAACACCAACGCUACCAUCGUAGCCACCUUGGCCGAUGCCUGCGCCCGCCACUGCCCUGAAGCCAUGAUCUGUAUCAUCGCCAACCCUGUCAACUCCACCAUCCCUAUUACAUCAGAGGUCAUGAAGAAGCAUGGCGUGUACAACCCCAACAGAGUUUUCGGUGUCACCACCUUGGACAUUGUCAGAGCCAAUGCUUUUGUGGCUGAGCUGAAAGGCCUUGACCCAGCCCGUGUCAGUGUGCCUGUCAUUGGGGGUCAUGCAGGAAAGACCAUCAUCCCCCUCAUUUCUCAGUGCACACCCAAAGUGGAGUUCCCUCCCGACCAGUUGUCCGCCCUCACCGGCAGGAUCCAGGAAGCAGGCACAGAGGUCGUAAAGGCCAAGGCCGGAGCCGGUUCUGCUACCCUCUCCAUGGCAUAUGCCGGCGCCCGCUUCACCUUCUCCGUCCUGGACGCCAUGAAUGGAAAGGAGGGCGUGGUGGAAUGCGCCUUUGUCAGGUCUGAGGAGACUGAGUGCAAGUACUUCUCCACACCUCUCCUCCUGGGCAAGAAUGGCAUUGAGAAGAACCUUGGUCUCGGCAAGCUGUCUGCUUUCGAGGAGAAGCUGGUGGCCGACGCCAUAGAUGAGCUGAAGGGCUCCAUCAAGAAAGGCGAGGAUUUUGUGGCUAAGAUGAAGUGAACAGGGGACAUUAGAAUGUAGCUGGAACCUGCAGCUGUCAUUGAUGUGUUUUGUCUUACAUUAAAAAGCACUUUGGCAAAUCUCUAGAUCUGUCAGUGCUUCCUCUGCUGGUUUUGUUUUUUUUUAGCUGUGUGGUAAAUAAUGUCGAUACAAAAGUGCAGAUUUUGACCUUUGUGCUCGCCCCAUCUCUAAGUAUGAUCUAUCCUAUCUCUUCCCAUGUGGCGUUAUCUCACCCAGCUACAAUUUUUAGGACUUAUCUUGCAAAUAUCAAAUUCAUAUAUUUUCAUAUUCUCUGUACAACCAAGAGGGAAUUUUGUCAUCAUGCUUAUUUGUGCACAUAAAACAAUGGCGGCCAUCAAUAAACAGCUUAAUGUUAAAAAAAAAAAUCACCUUAGACUUGGUGUUAUUUUUUUCUUUCAGUACACACUGACUGAAUAUAUUCAGUAUGCACAAUCUAAUGCGCUUCAAUACAUCAGAUGCAUUGCUGUGGAACGUACAUGGUCAAAUUUGGGUUUACAAAAAGGUAUUGAAAUGAUGGUGUGAAAAUUAAGUGAUUUAUUUAAAAGUCCCAUUUAAAAAAAAAAAAAAAAAGUACUUAAAAAUUGUAUUGUCAGAAUUCACAAAUGUGUUUAAAAAGACUCAUAAUCUCUAGCUUAUGCUUGACAUUGGUAGGAUCCUUUAAGAAUAGUGCAAAGUAAUGCAUUUCCUAAACAAAGAACGAUUACAGUAUAAAUAUUAAUAUCCAACAAUUAAAAAUGGCAAAUCUUUUCCAUUAAUAUUUUUAACAAUUUAUUGAACUCUUGGUCAUAUCCAACUCAAAAGAUUCCCCAAAAUAGCCAGCAUAUGAAUAAUCUUUCCUUUAAUAUUGUAAAUAAGAUAAAGUGAGACUAGUUUUUGACCACUUAAUUUUAGUCUGGGAUAUUUAGCAUUGCUUAUUAAUACAAACUCAAAGUAUACUACAAAGACAAAAUACCGGUAAUCCAAACACACUGCUUUAACAAUUGGGAGUUUAACUACGUCUCUGUUUUCCCCAUGAAUAUAAAUUCAUCUUACCAGACCUUUUGGUCAUUUGUAUACAUCCAACUUUGUGGAAGUGAGGGGAAAGAGGGAAAGCAAAGAUAUUUUAUUUCAAAUUGAUUGAAUUGAGAUUGAAUUUAACUAGUAAACCUGGCUGCACAACACGAACAUCACUCUCAUGCUCAAGUAAGAGACACUCUAUCCAUUUACCUGUUUCAUUAGUGCAUUGUACCACGCUAACAACCAAAUAUUUCAUAUUAAUAGUGU